GCAUCAUGCCUGAACCAGCCAAACCCGCGCCCAAGAAGGGCUCUAAGAAGGCCGUCACCAAGACCGCCGUUAAGGGAGGAAAGAAGCGCAGAAAGUCCAGGAAGGAGAGUUACGCCAUCUACGUGUACAAAGUGCUCAAGCAGGUCCACCCCGACACCGGCAUCUCUUCCAAGGCGAUGGGCAUCAUGAACUCUUUCGUCAACGACAUCUUCGAGCGCAUCGCCGGUGAGUCGUCUCGUCUCGCGCACUACAACAAGCGCUCCACCAUCACGUCGAGAGAGAUCCAGACCGCCGUGCGUCUGCUGCUGCCCGGUGAACUCGCCAAACACGCCGUGUCCGAGGGCACCAAAGCCGUCACCAAGUACACCAGCUCCAAGUAAAGCGCCGC